AUGAAACCCCAAUUCGAAGAAAGAGGAGAUUUGCCGAGAGAAUCGGCAACUGGAAAAUGCAGUGUGGUAUUGGAGCGUAUGUCAGGCGCUACCCCUACACCAACUGAAGUUGGAGGAAUUGUCAAUCGUUCGUAUAUGACGACGGACGUAGCCGCGGAGUCAGACUCGUCUAUGGCGAGUAUAAACUCACGGGUUACUAUGAGCCCCCUUGCCUGCCGAGAGGCUCUGUGUACCCCGAGCAAGGAAUCGCGUUUCUGGCGCACCCGUAAGCGCUCGCGAUUGGAAGAUGGAAGUUCGAGCGAUACCACCAUCCCAUCUUCCUCUGGAAGACCUCGCACUGGCCUUCGCAAGGCACACAGAAUGGAGAAAGCGGCCCAAGCUGAAACGGAAACCGGAGCAGCCGCAUCCGCUUCGGCAGAACCAAAAACAAAAGCUAUGCGGUCGCCAUCGAUAGCAAUUGGUGCCAACACAGCGACAGAAGAGGCGAGAAAGAGAAUCGAGGCAAAUCUCGCAAUUGUCGAAAAGAUUGCCAAAGCUUCCAACCAUCUCAAGACCACGUUUGUAGCUGACUUGAGAAGUGCCGCCAGGGCGAUUAGGGAGGACGCUGAUUCCCUCGCCUUGAGAACUUUAUCUGAGGAAACAAACACGCUCCGCGCCGAGAAUGAACGUCUGCGUAUAAGGCUGGAUGUUAUUCAAAGCGAAAUGCGGGAGCUGCGGCUGCUUAUACAUCGGGGCUCUGUUGGCUCUGUGCAACCGGCCGAGAUGCCACAGGAUUUCGAGGCUAGGAUGAUGCGCCAGUUAGGAAAGCUCAUUGAUACGCGGCUAAGGAACUUGGAGCCACGACCGACUCCGCAGCAGCGACGCCUCUCCAAUGCUACGGAUGGAGGAAGAAGCCGGGCCGUCGACCUCCGACAGGACAGUUGUCCUGAGGUCUUAAAGGAUACGGGACCAAGGCCAAAGAAAACCAAGGCGCUGUCCAUGCCGGCGCAGAACGUGGCGCAGGACAGGCAGGAGACUAAUAUAAAGGAGGGAGGCAAAAAGAAGAAGAAGAAGGGGAAAGGAUCUGGGAGUGAAAACCGAGCGAUGGAAUUACGAGGUGGGGGAUCUACUCCUGCCUUAUCUCCCGCAACGGUGGCUCCUUUAUGUAACGACGCGGAAACCCCAACGGUGCCUACAGCCGAUCCUUCUGACGAAGGCUGGUCAGUUGUGACUAAGAAAGGCAGAUCAGGUGCGAAUAAGGCAGAACACGCUGGAUCCGGAAAAACCGCGGUUGAUAAACGGAAGAUAUCCCACCAACCCAAGCUAUCCCAACCUUCGCUGAAGGCCCCACGAUCUGCUGCAAUCGUCCUAACAAUUUCAUCGGAUGCACAGGCUAACGGCGUAACUUACGCCACAGCUAUCAAGGAGGCGAAAGCUAAAGUUGACCUCAAGGAGGCCGGAAUAGACUGCGUAAAGUUUCGCCAGGCGAUCACAGGAGCCACAAUUAUCCAGAUUCCUGGGCCCGGUAGCGGAGAAAAGGCUGACUUAUUAGCAAGUAAAUUGAAGACAAUAUUUAAAGACAAGAACAUCAAAGUCUCAAGACCAGUGAAAAUGGCGGACCUACGCGUUUCAGGCCUAGACGCGUCCGUUACUGCGGACGAUUUAAAGGACGCCAUAGUAACAAGGGGAGAAUGCCUAGUUGACCAAAUACGUGUCAGCCAAAUACGCCAAGAUAGAACUGGGCUUUAUGGAGCGUGGGUAAACUGCCCUGUAACAGUGGCCAAAAAACUUACCGAGACACGCUUUCUCGUCGGAUGGGUGGUGGCAAGAGUAAGAGUACAGGAGCCACGAGAGUUGCGUUGCUUUCGAUGCCUGGAACUGGGGCACGUGGCCAACCGAUGCGCUGUGGAGUGCGAUCGCAGUCAUUUGUGUUACCGCUGCGGGCAGCCAGACCACAAAGCUGCCAACUGUACCGCCAAGCCUAACUGUGCAGUAUGCAUAGCAGCAGGCAGAAAAGCAGACCAUCGCUUGGGCGGUAAUGGCUGCGCUGCUCCUAACGUUAAAGCGCCAAAAGCACGGCCUAAGAGACACGUUGGAGACUCCCAGGCUGACGGAGCGACUAUGGAGGUAGUAGAAACCACCGCAGCAUAG